GGCGGCGGCACCGGGCGGGACCGAGCGGGACAGAACGGGCAGGAGGGAACAGGACGGGGGUAGGGACAGGGACAGGUGCGGCCCCUCCACCGGCCUCCACGGGCACCGCCGACAUCGCGUUCCGCCGCACGGCCGCGCGUCGUCAUCCCCGGUGCGGCAUCACCCCGUCACCGCCAUCCCUCGCGCUGCUGAGGCCUCGGCGGGAGCAGUACCGGGAGCAGCUGCCGCCGCGUUUCCCGACAACCGGGACGGUGCCGGUGCCAUGAAGGAGGACCGCCAGCAUCCCGUCGACCUGGGUUACGCCAUCACCAAGCCCGACAUCCUGGCCGAGGUGGAGCGAGGGGACGACGGGGUGGCGGCGGCGGCGGCAGCGGGGCGUUACGGGGAGCAGCAGAGCCCCCGGCCACACGAGACCCCCGCCGACCCCUCCCAGGGUGAGCGGGACACGGGGACGGGCGGGAUGCAGGAACCGGGCACCGGGCCGGCGUGGUCCCGCGGCGUUCCCGGUGAGGCGGCAACUCCGCAACGCGCUCCUGUCUCCGCAGGGGACUGGCAGGGGAAGGAGGUGAAGAGCGAGGACGGGGUGUCCCCACCGCCCCGCUCGUCCCCGUCCCGCCACACCGGCCCCGCCGAUUUCCUCGUACAGGGCUGCAGCUACUGCGGCCUCCUCGAGCCGGAGCCGAAUCCCGGUACCGGUAACGGGGGGUUCAUCGCCGCACCCCCCGCCUUCGAGAGCCGCCGCUGCCGGCCCGGGGAGCCGCCUCUGGAUUGUGCCGAGUGCGGCCGAGGCAUCGGGCAGAAACCAGACCUGGUGCGGCACCGGCUGGGGCGCGGCACGGAGCUCGGCUACGGCUGCGGCCGCUGCGGGAGAGGCCUCACCGAACCGGCGGGGCUGGGGGCUGCGGGCAGCCCCCACCGCCCGGGACCCUGCACCGGGCGCUCCCCGGGCACGGCGGACGGAACGACGGCGGCGCCGCCGCGGAAGGAGCGGAAGGAGCUGUCGCUGACCGAGAAGGUGCGCGUGCUGGAGAUGCUGGAAGGCCCCAAGGUGUCACAGAGUGAGCUGGCCAAGCGCUUCGGGGUGUCGCAGCCCCAAAUCUGCCGCAUCAUCAAGAACAAGGAGCGCAUCCUGAGCGAGUGGCACCGCAACGGCGACCCCGAGCGCAAACGCAAGCGGGAGGGGAAGGACGCGGCGCUGGAGGCCGCGUUGCUGCGCUGGGUGGAAGGUGCCCGUGCCGCCGACCUGCCCGUGGGCCGCCCGUUGCUGCAGCUCAGGGCUGGGCAGCUGGUCCAACCCGAUCCCGAGCCCAGCGGCGGCUGGCUGGCUCGUCUGGGCGCUCGCCACGGCCUCACCAGCAAAAAGCCGCCGGCGGAGAAAGGGGACGCGGAGCAGCCAACAGCGGAGCACUGGGCCGGUGUGGUUCUGCCUGGGCUCCUCCGCAGCUACGCGCCUGAUGAGAUCUUCACCUGCGGGGAGACCGCGGUGCCACUACUGGUUGGCGCCCCCGGUAAGAGUGAGAACCCCGGCGAGCGGCUGACGCUGCUGCUCUGCGCCAACGCCAGCGGCUCGGAGAAGGUGCCGCUGCGGGCAGUGGGGGACAGCCCCCGGCCACGCUGCCUGCGGGGCGUCAACCUGGAGCAGAUGCCGUGGAGUUACCGCGCCGGCAGCAUGGCCGGCCUGACCGCCGCGCUCUUCGCCGAGUGGCUGCAGGAGUUCAACGAGGGGAUGCGGCGGCGGGGCAAGAGCGUCGUGCUCCUCGUGGCCAAGCACGAGGCGCACCCUUACCUCCAGCUGUCCAACGUCAGGAUGGUCUUCGUCCCACCAGCUGCCACCCUGGCCCAGCCCAUGGACCGCGGCAUCGCCGGCGACCUCAAGGGUCACUACCGGCGCCGGUUGCUGCGGUGGCUGCCGGCGGAGCGCGGCGCAGGGCAGCCCAGCCUGCUGGAUGUGCUGCACAUGCUGGCACAAGCCUGGGGUGAUGUUCGACCCGGCCUCAUCGCCGGCUGCUUCUGCGCCGCCGGUUUCACCCCUGAGGCGGGCACCGAGGCCGUGGCACCGAGCUCGGUGCCCAACCGGGAGCGGCUGGAGCGCGACGGGGACCCGGCGGAGGCGGAUGGGGAUGAGGGUAUGGUGGAGGGCAAGGAGGCGGGCGAGCUGGCGGCCGUGCCGCCCUGCCCCUCGGAGCGGGAGGUCUGGAGGAGCCUGGCCACGCUGAGGAGGUACCUGGAGUGCCAGGCCACCUCGCCGGACCUCUUCCAGGCCUUCUACGAGCUGGAGGAUGCGGUGCACAUGGUGUCAGCCGGCGCAGGGCGGACAGCCCUCCCCAGCAGUGACCCCUGAGAGGGGCCGGUGCUCCUUGGGGCCAUCACCAGCCCGGCCUGGCGCUGUUCCCUGCAGUUGUGCCGUGGGGUUUGCCGUGGGUCUGUAGGCGCCAUGGGAUCACCAUGUGUGGGGGAUGUGGAGCUGCCACGCUCUGGGUGUCACCCACAGGGCAGUGAUAGUGCUGGGGACACAAAGCUGCUGCCAGAACCUUCUCCCAGGGAGUGGCUGCUGCUGCCAGCAGGGAUUUGCCGUGAGUGGGGCAGUUGUGGCUGCUGUGGGGGGAUGUGGGUGGUGCUGGGGUGUCCCCGUGUGGGGACAGCAGCUCCUUCCCACGGGGGAAUCGGGUGCCUCUGGCUGCUGGCACCACGUGCUGCCCAGAGGAUUGUUACAGGCAUUAAAAAGCUGGAAUUCAGCAAA